CUGGAUGGUCCAAAAAGGAGAAAACAUCUCAGAUAGAGGGAUAAUGUAUGUUUGUUCUGUUCAGUCCUCAGAAAUGGCAGAAAAAGAAGCACUAUCUGUUGGUAAUGGACAGCCAACAGCAGCUCAGUCAGCACAGAGUGGUCUUGCGGCGCCCUCUGCAGGCACACACAGUGCACUGCAGGACAGACUGAGCUUCACUCCACUGGACUCCACCAGCAACAGGGUUGUUCAGCCUUUCCCUCGCUCUCCAAAACUACAGAGGAAGAUAGCCAACGCUGCAAAGCCGUCUCAGGAGCAGCUGUCCAGACGUAUGGAGGAGCUGCAGGUGGAGAGAUCCAAGACUGAGGCUCACAUCCAGUCUCUGAAGAAACGCAAGGCAGACCUCGCUAGGAGCACAGAGGUGAUGAAGCAGCAGGUUCGAGAGCGCUUCGAAAACAUGCGGCAUGUCCUGAAGCAGGACGAGCAGGCCGUCCUGGACUCUCUGGAGCUGGACCUGAGACAGACCAGGACCAGGCUGGACCAGCUUUUAAAGAACUGGAAACACCACCAGGACCAGGUCACUAAGAACAUCAGCAGCACCCAGGGAGCGCUGAGCAAGAGCCCCAAGACCGAGGCAGACGGGAAGGUCUGAUUCAAGAGCCGCACA